GUGAGUUUCUCCCCCUCUCCCUGUCAGACAGCCCCACUCACUCACGAUUGGCUGCUGGGAGCCAGGAGGGCUGGCUCAGUGGCAAGGUAUCUGUGAAAGCAAGGGAGCAGCCGGUAAAGGUGUGUAGUUGGUGUUUGUAGGAAGGCACAGACCGGCUUGUGCUGAGAGAGCCUGGCGUCUCUGCCCCUUCUCUGGCACUAGGCAGACCAGCCAGGGACUUUGGAACUGGACUAAGCUCCCAGGACACUGGUGUGGGAGGCUGACCCAGACCUGGCCUCUUGCAUGUUUCUUCCCUGAGUUCCAGCCACCUCACACUGACAUGCCAACUGAGGUUGCUCCUAGCCUGGGAAUGCAUGCCCUCUCAGACUUGGAUUCCUCCCUGACGGCCCGGCUACUCUACAAGGGUCCGCAGUACCUGCGCAAGCAGCUCGAAGGGGGAGAGCGGGCCCAGAAGAGUGCUGUGGAGAGACUGGCAGCAGAUAAAGCCAAGUAUGUCAAAAGCCGGCAGGUCAUUGGCACCAAACAGGAGCCUGCCAGGCUGAGCUCAGCUUCGGAGAGCAGCAGUGAAACCUGUUCUGUGGAAAGCAGGAAAAGCAGCAAGGAUUCCACAGGGAGAAAAGAAUCAGAGAGGGGGGACGCCUGGGGCCCUCCUGCUCCCCAGCCAUCAUUUCCUGUGGCCCGGAGGACCAUCGGCAGGAGGCAGCUGAGGCCAGAUUCCCUGGUCAUCUACCGUCAGAAGUGUGAAUUUGUCAAAGGCCAAGGUACUGAGAACAGCCCAAGAGGGGGCUUGGUGAGGAAGAUCCUCCAGGGUCCCCCUAAAGAAAAGACAUCAGCGUUUCCUGACAUGCCUAGAGGGAAGGAGGAAGUGAGAGCAGAAAAUGAGGAAGCCAAACUGGAGAGCAAAGAAGCCAAAAUAGGGCAGAAGGACACCAGACUGGAGAGUGAAGAGACCAGACUGGAAAGUAAAGGGACCAGAAUGGAGACUAAGGAGAUCAGAUCAGAGAAUGAGGAGACCACGCUGGAGGACCCUGUUCCUGCCAGUGCCCCGAUGACAAAUACCCACGUUGGUUCCCCUUCCAGUGGGGAUGAGACGCUCAAGCAAGCAUCUGUGGCAGCAGUCGAGCUCAGGGAUGUAAAGAGAAGGGGCCUGCACCGCUCCAAGUCUGACAUAAGCUCUCGCUUCUCCAAGUCCUUUUCUGAGUUUGACACCUUUUUUAAGUACUGUGGCCUGGACCCUGAGGUGGUGGAAGAUCUUGGGAAGGAAAACUUCUCGGCAGGGUGGGACCACCACAUGUCCUUCAAGAUCCGCAGUGUGAGCAUGGCCACGUCGGAGGGAGGUUUCUCCCAUCGCAGCGGGGAUGAGGGCCUGCUGGAAGGGGAGCUAACGGAGCAGGUCCCCAGCACUACGUCAGUCAUCGAACGCAAUGCUCGAAUUAUCAAGUGGCUGUAUACGUGUAAAAAGGCCAAAGAGACAGAGAGCAAGGUGGCCCAGGACUUAGCUGCAGGGAUGCUGGUUCCCACUGCCACAGAAACACGGUAAAACCAAGAAUGAAAACUUUCCCAACAUAGAAGAUUCACAGAACAGAUCAUGGACUGUGUAGGACUGUAGUAUCAUCUCCCUAAAGUUUCCACUUGCCUGAUAGAGCUUGGGGUGGGUUAGCUACUUUGGAGGAGCUGCCCUCUUUGGCCAACUCAAAAAAGUCUUGGAGCCCCAAAGCAGAAGAUGUGAGAUUUUGAGAGAUGGAGAAGGUGGAGCAUCAGCCAAGAUAUUGGAGAGAAGAUCAAGUUCAGAUGGAUCUAAUGGUAUAACUAGCUGCUAAAAUAUUUCUUAUUUUGAAGGUAGGUCUGUGCCAUGAGAUCAUGCUGAACCGUAUGGAGGCUGAGAAGAGGAGGAUGAGGAGGCAUUCACAAUAAGGAUAUCUGCCUAUCUCUUUGCCUGUGGAGAGACAUAGAGACACUAAGUUACAAACUUAGCUUAAACUAAAUAUUGUAUUCUAUUUUUGUACUUACAGUUACUGUGGAUAAACUCUUUAGUUCGUUAAGUAUACAUAUGAGCUUAGUUGUAAAACCACCAGACACUUCAGGUAGCUUAUUUUUUGUGGUGUUCUGAUCAAAUAUUAUUUGUAAUUGUAAAUUGUAAUUGUAAAGCGCCAUACAAACAUGAAUAUCUGCCCCAUAAAUAAGCAAGACUGAUUCUCUAACGAACAUGUUUGUGACAAAGCAUGAAAUUCUUUUCCUCAGCAUCUCUGUGAGUCAUUGGAGAAAAAAAAUGACCAAAAUUACAGGGAAAGAAAUUCUGUUUUUUGCCAAAUGAUAUUCUACUAUAAGGAUUUUUCUUUAGUUAUUAUUCUAAAAAUGCUGCUAUUUAUUGAGACACUAGAUGAUGGCCCUCGGUAAAUAGAUAAUAUAAAAAUGAAAGGGGGGACCUAGUCAUUCCAUUUGAAGAAAUGCAGUUAAUUCUUCACACAAAUGGACGCAUAUUGCUUCAAAUGAGAUAGCUUAAUGUUUCUCUGCUUUUUAAUAUAGCACUGGUCAGCACUGUAGGCCAAAUGUCUCUUAAAUCAAAAUAGGAGCUGACAUUUAUCCAUAGAAUAGAGGUAAAAGAUUCAAGAUACUGGGAGACUACUAAGCAUUCACCAAAUGUGUGAGGGUAUGUCUUAGAAACUGAACACUUAGAUAAAGGUGAAAGGAGUACUCAGAGCAGAAGACCAAAAGAAUUUGUGCUUCAGUAGCCCAUAUUCAUCUGUGAACUGGAAGUUAUAAACUCGAAUCAGAAUAGGUUAACAUUGUCAAUUCAUUCUCUUCUCUUUAUUCUCCAUCUGGAGAAAAAGUUGACUAGCUCUGGAUACAAGAAUAAAAUGCUGCCAUGUUUGCUUUAAUAAGAGAUUGGGAGGGUGGGCUUUUGAUGUUUUUAUUCAGUCUUUUUUAGUCAUGUCUGACUUUGUGACCUCGUUUGAAGUUAUCUUGAUGAAGACACUUGAGUGAUUUGUCAUUUCCUUCUCUGACUAAUUUUACAGAUAAAGAAACUGAGGCAAACAUGGCAAAGUGUCUUGCCCAGGACCACUUAGCUAAUAAGUGUCUGAGACCACAUUCUAACUCAAGUCUUCCUGACUCUAGGUCCAACCCUCUAUUCACUGCAUCACCUGACUGCCUAAGAAGUGAGGGCACCUUUGUCUCAAUUCUAUAUUUCCCCCUGACCUGCUUGUGUGACCCUGAACAAAUCACCUAACCCUCUGUGCUUUAGCCUUAUCUGAAAAAGACUAUUUGCUAACCCCACCAGAAUAAGGAAUAAUCUGCUUAAAACAAACAUCCUUAUUCAUAGAAAACUAGUAUCAAAAACAACAUGUUCCAAAAUCACAGAAGACAGAACCAUUGUUGAAAUUGUUGGAAAUAGCAGUAGCCCUUUCACUUGUGUAGGGAAACAGUUAAACUAAGCCUCAUUUCAAACUGUGCAUAUGCAACUGCUGAGGUUAAUUAUGAUCCUAUAAAAACAACUAUCAGUUAUUACUCACUUGCUGUAAGGGAGCUCUUUGGACAUUGUCCCUUUUUAUGGGGUUUAUAGUCCAUGGUUAUAAUAAGAGUGUUGUGAAGACUUUAGGUCCAGACUUCUGUUUAGGCUCAUAGUAAAACUAUAGACUCAUAGCCACUUCUGUAUAGAUACUGUAUAGACAUACUAAAAUCUGCUUUUGCCACAAAACUACAAUGCUGUAUAUUCUGUAUGAUGAAAAUAAAGUUGUCUUUAUUUCAUUUACACAUAUGAA